CAGUUGUCAAUACUCAAAUGUCAUUUGUCACGUUGGAGUUGUUGUGGUGUGGAGGCUGGAGCCGAUAAAAGUUUUUAUUUAAGUUUGAAAAUAAAGUAAUUUAUAAUGCCACCGAAAAAAGUAGAGGAACCAGAGAAAAAACCACUUAUUGGCCGUGUUGGAACUAAUUUAAAAGUUGGAAUUGUUGGUGUUCCUAAUGUAGGAAAAUCCACAUUUUUUAAUGUCCUUACCAAGAGUCAAGCUGCAGCCGAGAACUUUCCAUUUUGCACCAUAGAUCCAAAUGAAAAUAAGGUACCAGUUCCUGAUGAGAGAUAUGACUUCUUGUGCGAGUAUCAUAAACCAGCAAGUAAGGUGCCGGCAUUUUUGAACGUGGUUGACAUCGCGGGCUUAGUACGUGGCGCAGCCGAGGGCCAGGGACUGGGGAAUGCUUUCUUAUCACAUAUCAAAGCUUGUGAUGCGAUCUUUAACUUGUGCCGUGCUUUCGAUGAUGAGGACGUGAUUCAUGUCGAUGGAGAUGUGAAUCCAAUUAGAGAUCUGGAGACGAUUGGUGAAGAGCUAAGGCUCAAGGAUGAGGAGCAGCUCAUCCAGAACGUUGAGAAGCUGGACCGUGUGGUAAACCGCGGGAAUGACAAGAAACUGAAGCCCGAAUAUGAUGCAUUAAUGAAGAUUAAGACGGUGUUAGUGGAUGAAAAAAAGCAUCUACGGUUUGGUGAUUGGAGUGCAGCUGAAAUUGAAGUACUAAAUAAAUACUUGUUUUUAACGACAAAACCUGCACUAUACCUUGUCAAUCUUUCGGAAAAAGACUAUAUUCGGAAGAAAAAUAAAUGGUUACCAAAAUUGAAGGAAUGGAUCGACAAAAAUGACCCUGGUGCUCCACUUAUACCCUUCUCUGGAGUCCUAGAAACGAAACUGUUAGAAAUGUCGCCCGAGGAGAAGCAGGCUUUCCUCAAGGAACACAACAUUACAAGUGCAUUAGAUAAAAUAAUAGUACAAGGAUACAAGGCUCUGCAGUUGGAAUAUUUCUUCACUGCUGGAGCGGAUGAAGUAAAGGCUUGGACCAUACAGAAAGGAACAAAAGCGCCUCAAGCUGCCGGUCGCAUCCACACAGACUUCGAGAAGGGUUUCAUAAUGGCGGAGGUGAUGCACUUCAAGGACUUCAAGGAAGAAGGCUCCGAGGCUGCCUGCAAGAGCGCGGGAAAAUACCGACAACAAGGGCGGAACUACGUUGUCGAAGACGGGGACAUAAUUUUCUUCAAAUUCAACGCGGGCGCCGGGCUCAAGGACGCGAAGAAGAAAUGACGAGAAAAGAUUAUGUUAAUGCUGAUACAUAUUCUGUAUCUCAAUCUCUUACUCUACUCAUUGUUACACGUCGCAUGAUGCCCUAUAUGUAUCACUUACACAUAUAUAUAUAUAUAUAUAUAUAUACUUGAAUACAAAUCUACCCUUAAACUAAUAAACAAAUCUCUCUCUGCGUCAUAAUGCUCCACGAUCAUUGAGUGUUUGACAUUAGUAUAAAUAAAACUUUAACUUUUAAUAAAAUACAUGCACCGGAAAUCAUGUUUCACCUAAGAAUUUGUUAGUUUUUAUUUUAUAUGGCAUAUGGUUUGUUAUACUUAAGGCCACAACAGAAAAGUAAGUUUAAAAAUGGCUGAAAUUGUGCGCUGGACUUCAGUUGUUGGGCAAAAUGUACCUUGUGGCAUUACAAUACUAACAGAUUCAGAUUAUUGACUGCUAAUUACAGACAGUAGAAGGUAGUAAUUUAUCUCUAUCUGUAGAUAGUAUAUUGGGAACAUUCUCAAAGGGCAUAACAUAUUAAGCGCAGACAUUAUAUACAAUCGAGUUCUAUAUUACAUUUCAACGCUUUAAAAAUUCUCUCUAAGUGAUCAAAAAGGGCCAUAAAGUACUUUUUUGAACAGAUCGAUAAAAAGCUUCGUGUUAUAAAACCGUUGGAAUAAACAAUUGAGUCCCCUUAUUUCAUAAAAUUUUAUCGGACGUUGAAAAGACUCAUGUGAAUGAGCCCUAAUAUAAAUCAGUGAAAGUUAAGUAUUCAAUACGUAGUAGUAAAGAGUGUUUUAAAGUAAAAGUUUUUAUAUAAAAGAAUAUUAUUAUAUCUAAAGCUUCUUAAUUAAUCGCAUUUCUUUGUCGCAUUUGUUGAAUUUUUUUACCUAAAAAUAUAUUUAAGUACUAUUAUUUAGUAAAAAGCAUGUGGGAUGUAAAGUUUUCAGCUGCCUUAACUAUUUACAAUAUUAUUCAUUAUAUUAGGAUAAUAUUGUUCAAUAUUUAUUGUAUCUAGCCUAUAAUACUUAAUUUAUCUUUUCAAUUUGCUUAUUGUACGUAGUUGUAAACACUUUUUCACUGUAUAUUUGCGGCGUUACAAUAAAGUAGGUGAACAGUUUUUUAAAGUGAAAUUAUUUUAUUUUUGUUGUUUGAGAAUGAAAUACAAGCGAAUUUUGUA